UGGUCGACCUCUUCCUCGGUCUCGAUAUCGGGGGUUUGGGAAUCGCUCUCACUACUCGCUGAACCGGUUUCCAUACAGCAUCCGAACCUAUUCUGAGUUGGGAGCUCAGAACUGUUUGGCGUCGUGAUGUUUCCAUGUUUGUUAAGAACGUUUCCGCAAAACGUGAAUGUGAGCGGAUUAAGACUGGCCAACAACGGAUUCUAUUUUACUGGACGUGAUGCGAUAGUGCGAUGUUUUAGCUGUCAUAGAUACCACAGUGACUGGCAGACGGACGGCGUCCUGUAUCAAGUGGGAUAUUGGAUGCACGAGGAAGAUUGCGCGUUCAUGCUGGAAAUGGACAGCAGUAACGUACCCAUGCACCGUCAGCCAGGUGAAAACCAGCACCUAACAAACUCACAUCUUCUGCUGGGUCCGAUGGCACAUGGCUUACACUAUAUGGAUCAGGGAAUCACUGGUGAAGUCCUGCCUGACGCUUCCGGGGCUUUGUACUAUGACGUCACAGUCGAUUUGGCGUCGUAUCGUCGUCGGCAUCCUUCUGAUAGGCCAUCUCACCCGUUGUACGCGAUUCAGAACCUAAGGCUGAUCUCGUUUUUAAACAGUCCCUCAGACCUGCAGGUUCGGGGUGAGACUCUCACUGAGGCUGGAUUCUUCUACUUAGGUUACCAAGACCGAGUGCGAUGCUUUUACUGUGGCUUUGAAGUGACUGUCCGUUGAAGGUUAUCAAGACCGAGUGCGAUGCUUUCAGUGUGGCUUUGAAGUGACUGUCCGUUGAAGGUUAUCAAGACCGAGUGCGAUGCUUUCAGUGUGGCUUUGAAGUGACUGUCCGUUGAAGGUUAUCAAGACCGAGUGCGAUGCUUUCAGUGUGGCUUUGAAGUGACUGUCCGUUGAAGGUUAUCAAGACCGAGUACGAUGCUUUCAGUGUGGCUUUGAAGUGACUGUCCGUUGAAGGUUAUCAAGACCGAGUGCGAUGCUUUCAGUGUGGCUUUGAAGUGACUGUCCGUUGAAGGUUAUCAAGACCGAGUACGAUGCUUUCAGUGUGGCUUUGAAGUGACUGUCCGUUGAAGGUUAUCAAGACCGAGUACGAUGCUUUCAGUGUGGCUUUGAAGUGACUGUCCGUUGAAGGUUAUCAAGACCGAGUACGAUGCUUUCAGUGUGGCUUUGAAGUGACUGUCCGUUGAAGGUUAUCAAGACCGAGUGCGAUGCUUUCAGUGUGGCUUUGAAGUGACUGUCCGUGAAGAAGACUCUGACCAAUGGACUGCGCAUGCCCAAUGGUGUCCCCAGUGACCUUUCGAAUUACGUUAUUUACGUUGAAUAGUAUAUAAUGUAUUUUGUUAAUAUAUAUAUAUAUAUAUACCGUUCUCUUGUACGUUCAAUUUCUAUGGACUAUGCAUAUAUCUUCACUAGUGUUUUUAUUAUUAAUACACUACAUCUAUUUGUCUGUUUUUUGUAGACUGAGUUACUACUCUGUUGUUAAGUCACGUUUGUUAUUAUUUCUUUAUUGCAGCGAACACGUAAAUUUGAUAGUUUUUUUUUGCAAAAUAAAACAAAACAUCAUGAAGAAAUUAUGUUUGAAAAGAAUACGUAUGCGUUAAUAAUAAUAAUUUGCAGUUUCUACAUUGUAUUACUCGAAAUUAAUUGUUCGCCUGUCUGUCAAGAUUUCUUCGCUUAUGUUUAUAUUUAAUUGUAUUUAAUGAAUGCGAAAACAUGUUUGCGCGAUUGAUGUAUUUUAAUAUUAUAGGUCAUUGAUUUUUGAUUAACCAAUCGAGUAUAGCUUGUCUUCGGGGUAGUUUGAUGGGAGACAACUCUUGUUUCAAUGUCUGCUCUUGUUAUGUAGUUAUCUUCACAACGAAUCUUGAAUACAGCUCGAUACGAGUAACAGCCGCGAUGAAUCGUUUCUGAUAAGCUUUUUCUAACAAUGGAAGUCACGUGUUAAAUGAAUACCAUAAGCGGGUUUGUUUUCAUGUUAAAGUCUGCAAAAUUAGAUUCAGUUAUGUUGGCUUUAUUUAUAAUGAGGUUAUUUAUUGAGUCGUGUUCUGACAAAACUGGUCAUAAUGCAUGUGCGUAUAGUGUCGUCUCAGAUUAGCCUGUGCAGUCUGCACAGGCUAAUCAGGGAUGACACUUUCCGCCUAAAUUGGAUUUUUGCUAAGAAGAGACUUCAUUUAAACGAAAAAUGUCAUAAAAGCGGAAUGUGUCGUCCCUGAUUAAUAGCCUGUGCGGACAUUUUCUCAGAACGCGACUCUAUUCAUUAAAGGGGCCUUUUCACGCUUCGGUAAAUUGACAAAAUAAAAAAAAUGUUUCAGAUUCGCAAGUUUUCGUUGAAGUUAUGUUAUUUGUGAGGAAACAGUAAUACUGAACAUUUACCAUACUCUAAAAUAUCCAUUA